GCCGUCUGGCUGACAGGCUGUGCCCCCGAAACCGAGUCGACUGGGGAGAAGGAAGUGGUAAAAACUCCUGCCACCCUGAAGCAUAGUGCACCAUCGUCUUGUCCUGUCCUUGCUCUGGUGGGAAAAGGAGGUCCUCCAGGCAUCCCUCGCAAGGAGUUGGCCUGGGUGGCAGAGCCCCGCGGGAGCCACCAGCAAUGAUGUUCUUCUUCCUCACCUGCCUGCUGGCUGUCUUCCCAGUGGUCUCCAUGAAGAGCCCCAUAUUUGGUCCCCCGGAGAUAGACAGCGUGGAAGGCACCUCCACAUCCAUCAAGUGCUACUACCCACCCACCUCCGUCAACCGACAUUCCCGGAAGUACUGGUGCCGGCAGGGGCCCAAGGGCCAGUGCACAACCCUCAUCUCCUCCAACGGCUACGUGUCCAAGGACUAUGAGGGCAGAGCCAACCUCACCAACUUCCCAGAGAGUGGCACGUUUGUGGUGAACAUUGACCAUCUCGUCCAGGGUGACUCCGGGAGCUACAAGUGUGGUGUGGGCAUCAAUAACCGGGGCCUGUCCUUUGAUGUGAGGCUGAGAGUCGUUCCGGGUUCUGGGGUCCUAAAUGGCACUCAAGUCUACGCAGAAGACCUAGGCGGAAAAGUGAGCAUCAGCUGCCCUUUCACCUCUGCGAAUCUUCCAAACGUGAAGUCCGUGUGCAAGCAGAUAGCUGACAAGCAUUGCAUCCGAGUCAUCGACUCCGCUGGGUACAAGGGACCCAACUAUGAAGGCAGAGCAAAACUUAUUAUUCAGGGUACCACCCAAACAGAGUUCUUCUUCGUCAUUGACCAGCUCCAGGUCGAAGAUGAUGGGAAGUAUGUCUGCCAGGCUGGGGAUGAUUCCAGUGGUGAUAAGAGCAACGUAGACCUCCAUGUGCUGAAGCCUGAGCCGGAGCUGGUUUAUGCAGACCUGGGGAGCUCAGUGAGAUUUGACUGUGCCCUGGGCCCCGAGGUGGUAAAUGUGGCCAAAUUCCUGUGCCAGGAGAAUAAAGAGAAAACCUGUAAUUUGGUCGCCAACACUCUGGGUCAGUGGAAUCAGGCCUUUAAGGGCAGGAUCCUGUCCCAGAACAACAAUGGCGUCUUCAGCGUGGACGUCACCAACCUGAGGAAGGAGGAUGCAGGGCCGUACCUGUGUGGAGCCAACUCUGAUGGUCAGCCUCGGAAAUCCCGGCCCAGCCAGGCUUGGCAACUCUUUGUCAAUGAAGAGACCACGUUCCCCUCCAGGCCCUCUGUGGUGAAAGGUGUGGUUGGAGGCUCUGUGGCUGUGCUCUGCCCCUACAACCCGAAGGAAGUAAACAGCGUGAAGUCCUGGUGUCGCUGGGAAGACAUUCAAAACAGCGGCUGCCCACCGUUGGUGCAGAGCACAGGGCUGGUUAAGAACCAGUACGAACAGUACAACGGCAGGCUCGUGCUGUAUGACGAGCCGGGCAACGGCACUUACACGGUCAUACUCAACCAGCUCACUGCCCAGGACGCCGGCUUCUACUGGUGCCUGACCAAUGGUGAUAUUCACUGGAGGUCCAUGGUGGAGCUCAAGAUUGUUGAAGGACAACCUAACCUCAAGGUGCCCAAGACUGUGAAUGUUGAGCUGGGAGAGACUGUCCAGCUCACUUGCCACUCACCGUGCAAAUUCUACUCCUACAAGAAAUUCUGGUGCAAGUGGACCGACCAAGGCUGCAGUGCCCUGCCCAGCCAAGACGAGGGCUCCGGCCAGGCCGUCGUGAACUGCGACCAAAACAGCCAGCUCAUCAACCUGACCCUGAAGCAAGUCACCAAGGGGGACGAGGGCUGGUAUUGGUGCGGGGUGAAGGAGGGCCUUCAAUACAGAGAGACCGUGGCUGUCUAUGUGGCGGUCAAGGAGAAGGGAACAGGGUCUGGAGCUCUCAGCUCAGUGCGUGCUGCUGCUGCUGAGGAUGAGAUAGAGACAAGUGUCAGGAAGGUUGAGAGCGAAGUCGUUCAGGAUCCCAGGCUUUCUGUGGACACGCAAGAGAAGGAUCCUGAAGAUGCAGCUGGUGGGAGCAUAGCAUCUGCAGACCCCGGCAGCUCUGCAGGACAAGGCGGGAGCUCCAAAGUGGUGGUCUCCACCCUGGUACCCCUGGCCCUGGUGCUGGCGCUGGGGGUCCUCGUGGUGGGGGUGCUAAGAGCCCGGCACAGGAAGAAUGUAGACCGGAUUUCGAUUAGAAGCUACAGGACAGACAUUAGCAUGUCGGACUUUGAGAACUCCAGGGACUUUGGAGCCAACGACAACAUGGGAGCCUCUCCAGUCUCUCAGGAGACAACUCUCGGAGGAAAAGAUGAGUUCAUUGCCACCACCGAGAACACCGUGGAGACCGAAGAACCCAAGAAGGCGAAAAGGUCCUCCAAGGAGGAAGCUGACAUGGCCUACACUGCCUUCCUGCUCCAGGCCAACAACAUGGCUGCUAACAUCCAGGACAGCCCCAGCAAGGCCUAGGCAGAGCACCUGCUGCCUCCUCCCUUCGCCCAUGACAAUCACCUUCAGAAUCACGUUGAUCCUCGGGGCCCUCAGCUCCGGGGGGCUCUGCUGCCUGCACUCAUACUCCACUUAGGCUUUUGCUACCUGUCCUCAGAGGUGUGCUGGUCCCUCCUCAGCGGCAUCCAAGCCUGGCCUCGUUGUUCCUGUUGGGGGUGAGAUGACGUGAGGAGUUCCCACCUGCAGCUUAUUUCUAAUGAGAGAACCCAAGGUGUGGAAGAGGAAUUAAGAUCUUAGAGGGGCCUCUCAGAAAGAAGAGACACCGGGGCUGGGAGGGGGUGGGGGGUAGGGAGAUAAUUUCAGAAAGGAGAGCCAUUCAGGGCUUCUCUUCACUCUUACUAUGGGAUGCCAAUGGGAUGCUCCCCUCCACUCCAUCCCUCCAUCUCUCCAUCCACCCUCCCUUCCAUCCUCUCUUCUUUCCUUCGUUAAAGAUACAUAUUUGAAUACUCACUAGAAUUGAGGCAUUCUGCUAGACACAGGGACAGAGAGGCCUCAAACCCAACCAGCGGCCUUUCUGUAAACAUCACUGAAUCUUUGGGAGCCACAUCUCCUCUCAGUGUGUUUAAACUCUCUGCAACCUGAAAUCCUCAUCAAGCAUACACACCUCUGCCCAUACUGGGAGAAACCAUAAAAUGUCUGGAGUCCUAAGGCCUUAGGGAUCACGUAACACGGCAUAUACACAACAAGUCAUGAACACACAUUCUUACCAUUUUACAAGUGAGAAAAUUGAGAUUCUGAGAGGUGAAGAGGUUUGCUCAAGGGCGCCAAGUGAGAUACACUAGUGUCAAAACUAGGCUUGGCAUCUCCUGUCAUCUUGGCCAAGAAUCUCUCUAGAAAAGUCCCUGCUUUCGUGGUGGAGGUAUAGUUCCAGAAUAAGGAGGAGGAGGAAGAGAAAUGUGUAAAUGGAGACUGGUAUUUCACAAACCCCACCUCAGGGAAGACAGCCCUUCCCCUUUCUGUCACUCACAUGGACAUGAGAGGAUAAGACAAUAGUCAGACACUCAUAACCCCAGCUUUGGAAGAGUUCUGAACAGAAGGGAAGAAAAGAGCAUGUUUGACGGUGCCAGGGAGGGACUGAUCUUCAGAGAGCUAAGGUUUAACGUCUUUCUCCCUCUGAGCUCUGUACUUCAACCAGCACCUGUGAGCUGGCACUUGCUAACAAAUCAAAAAAGUGACUUAAUUGAUAAUUAAAGACCGUGAUUGCCACCAA